UAAGUGCUAGCUGCAACUUGAAGCAAAUUCUCCUCAGUACCUCAGUCAUGGCUUGCACUGGCCCCAAGGUUUUGGUCCCCAUUGCCGAUGGCACUGAGCCUAUAGAGGCUAUCAUCACCAUCGACGUUCUGCGACGAUCCGGAGCUGAUGUUACCGUUGCUACUGUCGGGAAACAGCUUCUUGCUGAAGCCAUGAUCGGCAUCAAGAUCAUCGCUGAUGCUUUGGUUUCUGAUGUUGCUAAUAACGUCUUCCACCUCAUUGUUCUGCCUGGAGGGCUACCGGGGGUAGAUAAUCUGAGAGACUGUGGAGGUCUAGAAAGCUUGGUGAAGAAGCACGCUGCAGAUGGACGGCUUUACGAGGCGGCUUGUGCCGCCCCCGCCGCGGUGCUUGGACCGUGGGGCUUGCUCACGGGACUCAAGGCAACAGGUUAUCCUUCAUUCAUGGAAAAACUGGCAGCUUAUGCAGACGCGGUUGAAUCAAGAGUGCAGGUGGAUGGCAGACUUGUUACUUGUGGUGGCCCUGGCACUUCUAUGGAGUUCGCCAUUGCACUGCUUGAGCAGUUAUAUGGAAAACAAAAGGCUCGUCAAAUUGCUGGACCACUGGUCAUGCGUUCAAAUCACGGUGCUGAAUAUACUUUUACUGAGUUAAACCCAACAAAAUGGACAUUUGAUCAUCCACCAAAGGUUCUUGUACCCAUUGCUAAUGGCACUGAAGAAAUGGAAGCCGUGAUGAUAAUUGAUUUUUUGCGAAGAGCUGAAGUAAAUGUUACAGUUGCUUCUGUUGAGGAUAAACUAGACAUUGUAGCUUCUCAUAGAGUAAAAUUACAGGCAGAUUUACUCCUUGAUGAGGCAGCAAAACAAUCUUAUGACCUUAUAGUGUUGCCAGGUGGAUCUGGUGGUGCUCAAGCUUUUGCAAACUCAGAAACCUUGGUGAGCUUGCUUCAGAAGCAAAGAGAAUCAAACAAAUAUUAUGGAGCAAUUUGUGCAUCCCCGGCUUUAGUUUUGGAGCCCCAUGGCUUGCUCAAGGGCAAAAAAGCAACGGCUUUUCCUGGCCUGAGCAACAAGUUAUCAGAGCAGGGUGAAGUUGAAAAGAGGGUUGUAGUUGAUGGCAACCUUAUUACCAGCAGAGGGCCAGGGACAGCCUUGGAGUUUGCACUAACUAUUGUGGAAAAGCUAUUUGGACGCGAGUCAGGGCUUGAGCUUGCAAAGUCCAUGGGUUUUACAUCGCAUUAGUCUUGUGUUUCAACAUUUUGGUUAGCUCUAUGGCUAACUUUUACUUUCUUGCCUUGUGUACCAAUAACGAGUCAAAAUGGAGAAGUCCCUCUUCAUGUGGAGUGGUAGAUGAAUAAAGAUUUGUGAGUCCUACUUAAAGUUAUUAAUUGUCAUCUUCAAAAUACAAAAUAUAAUAUGUAUCUCACCUCUCAUGUAGAAUAAUCUGGGUAUAGAAGACCCUUAAUGAAUUUUGCCCUUCUUGUUCCUAGCA